GCGGCCAUGGCAGCCUCGGUGGGGCCGGGGACCCGCACCAAGACCAAGAAGAAGCACUUCGUGCCGCAGCGGGUGAAGGUGCUGAGGUCGGCCGACCCGCUGCUGGGCGUGCUGGGCUGGGGCAUCAACCACCAGGUCAACGAGCUGAGCCAGGUGCCCCAGCCGGUGAUGCUGCUCCCCGAUGACUUCAAAGCCAGCUCCAAAAUAAAAGUGAACAAUCAUCUCUUCAACAGGGAGAACUUGCCCAGCCAUUUCAAGUUCAAGGAGUACUGCCCGCAGGUCUUCCGCAAUCUCCGCGAGCGCUUCAACAUUGAUGACCUGGAUUAUCAGGUUUCGAUGACACGUAGCCCCCCCACCUACGAGACCGAGGGUGGCGGGGGGCGCUUCCUCAUGUCUUACGAUAAGACGUUGGUGAUAAAAGUGAUCUCCAGUGAAGACGUGGCCGACGUGCACAGUCUCCUCUCGCAUUACCACCAGUAUAUUGUGAAAUGUCACGGGACCACCCUCCUGCCCCAGUUCCUAGGGAUGUACCGGGUCAGCGUGGACAACGAGGAGAGCUACAUCCUGGUCAUGAGGAACAUGUUCAGCCACAGGCUCACCGUGCACCGGAAGUACGAUCUGAAGGGCUCGUUGGUAUCCCGCGAAGCUAGUGAUAAAGAGAAGGUCAAGGAUCUACCCACACUGAAAGACAUUGACUUUCUAAACAUGAACCAGAAGGUGUACGUCAGUGAAGAAGCCAAGAAGGACUUCAUGGAGAAGCUGAAGCGGGAUGUGGAGUUCCUAGUGCAGCUGAAGAUCAUGGACUACAGCCUUCUCUUGGGGAUCCACGACGUGCAGCGAGCCGAGCAAGAGGAAGACGAGGAAGUGAAAGAGGAAGAGGAGGAUGGCGAGGGAGAGCCUGGGGGCGUGGCGUCUGUGGGAUCCUACGGGACCUCUCCGGAGGGCAUUGGCAGCUAUCUCAACUCCCACAAGCCUCUAGGGCCUGGCGACUUUGACCCUUACGUUGACGUUUACGCCAUCAAGAGUGCCGAAAACAGCCCACAGAAGGAGGUUUAUUUCAUGGGACUGAUAGACAUCCUCACACAGUACGACGCCAAGAAGAAGGCUGCCCAUGCGGCUAAGACAGUCAAGCAUGGGGCUGGUGCAGAGAUCUCCACGGUGCACCCCGACCAAUAUGCCAAGCGCUUUCUGGACUUUGUCACCAAUGUGUUUGCUUAAUUGGUCGUGCAGUGGCUGCCACCAAAGAUCAGAGGCUUUUCAGCCCCCUCCCUGUAGUUCUCCUCUGCCACCCUGA